ACAUGUAGUUAUGGCAUCUUUUGAAGAUUGUGUUGCAUUUGCUACCAAAUCGAUGGGCUUGGAAUUUUCUUUAAAGGACAAACAACUGGAAACCCUGCGUGCAUUAUUUAUUGGACAUGAUUGUGUCUCAGUUAUGCCAACUGGAUAUGGCAAAAGUGUUAUUUUCCAGUGUCUUCCAUGGCUGUUUCAGCGCAAAAGAGGUCUACAACAUCCAUUAAUUACCCUUGUUGUGAGCCUUUUGACGUCAUUAAUGCAAGACCAAGUGAUGACUCUAUGUGAAAAAGGAAUUAAAGCCUGCUUUUUAAAUUGUGAAGGUAUGUACCCAUGGAACACUUACAUACUUAGAUGUGAAGAAGAAUAUGAUGAUUCAGACGAUGAUCAAGACAAGACAGAUGUCCAUGUACCAUCUUCAACAUCCCUGAUAGAUUUGAAGAGAGGAGAGUAUAAUAUAAUAUAUGCUCACCCCGAAACUCUGCUUAACAACAGAAAGAUUUCAUCAAUGCUGAGAUCAAAAUUAUACCUGCAGAGAGUCUGUGCAGUUGUGAUUGAUGAAGUUCAUACGGUGUCAGACUGGGCCCGGGGGCUGUCAUUUCGUAAAGCAUUUAAAAAGUUGUCUGAGCUGGUAUGUAUUUUUCCAACAUCCGAUACUGUGCAUCUUGCCAUGACAGCAACAGCAAUACCAACAGCUAUUAAAGAACUUGUAGAUGACCUGCAAUUCACAGAUGUUACUAUCAUCACCGUAAAUCCAGAUCGUCCUAAUAUUAAAGUUGAGAUACAGACACGCCUUCCAAACAUCAGAAAAUAUGAAAAACUGGAUGAAUUGCUGCACCCUGUAGCCCAGGAGUUGCGCGACUUGCUUUCUUGUUUUCCUUUAACUAUUGUUUAUAUUAAUCAAUUAGAAGCAUUAGGUUACUGUUAUCAAUACAUUGAGGAUUUUUUAGGUAAAUUUUCUUAUUUUCCAGUCCAUGACCCAAUCCCUGAAAACAGAUUAUUUGCUCAAUUUCAUAAGGUUUAUACGUCUAAAAUGAAAGCUCAUAUAGUUAGUGAAUUACGUAAAGAAAAACCCACAUUAAGAUAAAUAUUUGCUACUGUUGCUCUUGGAAUGGGUUUAAAUGCGCCUGGCAUAUCUCGUGUCAUUCACUUUCAGCCU